AGCCACCGUAUGAGGUCACAAUUCAAGAUGGCGCUUCCCGUGCGGACUAACUUCAAACAGCUCUUCAGGUUCAUUCAAAAGUUUAAUUCUCCUACAAGAUUACUCUGCUCUGAAGCUUGUACGGGAAACAAGGAGCCUCCGGGAUGUGGGCGCGUAUUCUCUGGUAUCCAGCCAACUGGGGUGCCCCACCUAGGCAACUAUCUGGGUGCCCUGGAGAACUGGGUGGCCCUGCAGAACCAGUAUCCUUCAGUGCUCUACAGCAUAGUGGACCUACACUCCAUCACACAGGCUCAGGACCCGGCACAACUCAGGAGCAACAUCCUAGACAUGGCAGCCAGCCUGCUGGCCUGUGGCAUCGACCCAGAGAGGGCAAUACUCUUCCAGCAGUCUCAGGUGUCCGAGCACGCUGAGCUCUCCUGGAUCCUCGGCUGUCUGACCAGCAUGCCCCGCCUCCGACACCUGCCGCAGUGGAAGAUGAAGAGCAAAUUAAAGAAUGAAGGCAGUGUUGGUCUCUUCACGUAUCCUGUCCUCCAGGCUGCCGACAUUCUCCUCUACAAGUCCACUCACGUCCCCGUCGGAGAGGAUCAGGUCCAGCAUUUGGAGCUGGCUCAGGAUCUGGCUCGCAUCUUCAACAACCGCUACGGAGACCUGUUCCCUGAACCCAGCGCCCUGCUCAGCUCCACGCGAAAGGUCAAAUCCCUCCGUGAUCCUUCCACCAAAAUGUCCAAAUCUGACCCCCAUACGAUGGCGACGAUUACCAUCACAGACUCCCCCGAUGACAUCGCUCUCAAGGUUCGACGUGCUGUCACCGAUUUCACCUCUGAGGUCAGCUUUGACCCGGAGACUCGGCCAGGUGUGUCGAACCUGGUUACGAUUCACGCCGCCAUGGCGAGGAUCAGUGUGGAGGAGGCGGUGGCCCAAGCCAGAGGGCUGGACACCGGUGCCUAUAAGAAGCUUGUCACCGAGGCUGUGAUCCAGAGGUUGACGCCCAUCAGGGAGGAGAUCCAGAGGUUAAAGUCGGACUGUAAUCACCUGGAAGGAGUGCUGGCCCGGGGGACCCUGAGGGCUCGGGAACUGGCAGCACCGGUCCUCACUGAGGUCCGACAGCGAGUGGGAUUCUGCUGAGAGGCGGCUGGCAGCCACAUUAACAGUUUGCUGCAGGCCGUGCUCAGUUGACUGCUGCUGAGAUAGAAUUCAUUUCAAUGACUGUUUACAUCUCUAAGAUAUUCAACGUUGUAACACAUGAAGGGACUCAAUGUAAAAACACUCGACUCCAGAAAAACAGACUAAACUGAUUGACCAACGAGGUUUUUGUUAUUUAGCCCUUCACGUUUGUCUCAUUAAAAGGAAUGAGGAGGCUGUGUCUUGAUGCAGUGGUACCGAUGGUCUGAAGCAGCCAGACCAGAAGAAAAUACAUCACUUUAGUGCUUGUAUGUACUAAACACUCUUCUGGAGACAUUGCAGUUUAUUUAUCUGCUCAUCUUUUGAGUUUUGGUUGUUUCCCAAAUAAAACACACAAAAUCUUAUUAGUAUUGUUCAACAUAUUUUGUCUUUUUGUCAUCCGUGUUAACAGUUCAUAUUCAAAUUAAGGACACAUUAACUUAUUUAGUUUUACUUAAUUGGUUUGAGUGAUCAACUGUAAGUUGGAUUUAGGUGUUGAGAUCUGUUGUCCAGGGUUUAGUUCACACUGGCAGCUCAAUCACAAGUUGGUAAAACUAGACAGGAAUCAGACUGGAUUUUUUAAAUCUGGGCCGACAAAGACGAAAAGAAGUGGAAGAAUGGAGACAACUGUGAAAAUACAAAUAAAAGUACAAACUCAACAAAAUGCAACCUAACUACACCUAACUACUA